AUGCUCCUAAUCAGUUUUUUUGACGAGUUUUUCCGCGGAUUGACUGAUCUUGCCUUCCUGUUGUUGUGGUUUUUUUGGUGCUCGACCAAGUUUGCUUUCUUUUUCUUUCGGGAGAAGAUAAACAGUAACUUUGUGUCUGUUUGGCAUGGUGUGAGAAAAAGACGUGUCAAUUAUGACAAUGUCUGUGUCCGUUGGGGUGAUGAUGAUGCCCUCAUCGCUGACAUCAGACGUCUUGCAGCUGAGCCUUCGUCUUCUCGCGUUUGUGCUCCUCCCGCUGUUCCCGUUUCUCUUCCUUCUGCCGGUUCUCUCCCUCUUCGUGAGGUUAAGAACCAACCUUUUGCUUUGGCUUCUUUUUCGCCCUUGCAAAAAUCAGGGUUCGGCUGUUACAGCCUCGAUUGCGUUUGUGUUGUCGGUUUGCCUUGCCUUUCUCCUGGGUUUGUGCCUCCACCCCUUCAACCUUACGAACCCAAAUCCCAUGUUCCUGCCUUUGCUUUCGCUUGCGAAGCUAUAGUCCAGGCAUGGGUACAAGAAUACGCACCCGUUCUUGUUUUCUCUGCGGUUUCUUCCCCUUUUGGGGAUAACGUAGAUCCAGCGGUUUCUUCCCUGCAUAGGGAUAACGCUGAAGAAGCGGUUUCUUCCCCUUCUGGGGAUAACGCUUUCUCUGCGGUUUCUUCCCUUCUUAGGGAUAACGUUGUCCCAGCGGUUUCUUCCCUUCAUAGGGAUAACGCUGAAGAAGCGGUUUCUUCCCCUUAUGGGGAUAACGCUUUCUCUACGGUUUCUUCCCCUUAUGGGGAUAACGUAGAUCCAGCGGUUUCUUCCCUUCUUAGGGAUAACGCUGUCCCAGCGGUUUCUUCCCUUUUUAGGGAUAACGCUGAAGAAGCGGUUUCUUCCCCUAUUGGGGAUAACGCUUUCUCUGCGGUUUCUUCCCUUCUUAGGGAUAACGUAGCUCCAGCGGUUUCUUCCCUUGCUAGGGAUAACGCUGAUGAAGCGGUUUCUUUCCCUUCUGGGGAUAACGCUUUCCUGGCGGUUUCUUCCCCAAUUGGGGAUAACGCUUUUACCUCGGUUGUUGGUGGUGCUUCCGUGCCUGGUGUGACCGAUGAAGGUUUGCUUUCUCCGCUUCCUUCUCCGUUCUUCCCCGGGGCUUUUGCUUCCCCUGAGUUGCUUCCUCUUCCGUCUGUUCUGUCCCGUCUUCCGCCUUUGGAUGAUGAUGUUUUGGGGAGUAAGCGCAAAACUCCCUCUCCUUCCCCCACCACAUCUCCUCGGGUAGAACCCGUAUCCUCUCCCUGCUACAGAGCAUCUUCUCCUGCCGGAGAAACCACUUCUUUUGUGGUUGAUUACUCCGGUGUUCUUACCCCCCCCCUCGCGUGA